UAUAUCCAAAAUGUCUUCAACUCAGAAGAAAUGUGUUUAAUAUGGUCGUGGUCGCUGGCCUGCGAAAUGCAGUUCACCAUUUUGUCAACCGCAUUGCUGUUCAUUUAUGCAAAAUAUCCAAAUGCAGCAAAGACAGUUUUUUGUUCGCUGUUUGCUAUAUGCGUUGGUUUGCUCUUUUCAAUAGCCAUUUUUACGAAAUGCACACUCACCUAUGAUGUUCUACUUUCGUUGCUAUCUGACAUUUAUAUUCCACCGUGGACACGAGUCCUUCCGUACCUUGUUGGAGUUGCAGCUGGCUAUGUCAUGUACAUGAUGAAGGGUAAAUUGCCCUUGGGUAAAAAAACCAUCAGAAUGAUUUGGAUCGUAAUGAUAACAACACCUAUUUCUUGUCAUCUAUCGCCACUAAAACGUGAUGCAUCUUACGUUACGACCGCGUUUGCGAUUACAAUCAUGCGUGUUUUGUAUCCGGCGUCAAUAUCAUGGAUGAUUUUGGCCAGCUAUGCAGGAUAUGGUGGUCUCUUUGCCAGGUUUCUAAGCCAUCCAAUUUUCGUGCACAUCAGUAAAUUAUCGUAUGGAAUUUAUUUGCUAAAUCCAAUGGUUAUCAUUGUGAUAUAUGGAUGGCAAGAUCACAGCACACACAUCGACCCAGUUUCAAUGGUGGCAAUGACAACUGGAAUUAAUGUCUUCGUUUACCUAACGGCGGUGGUGUUUUCACUCAUGUUCGAAAUACCAUACACAAACCUUUCGGCAAAACUCUUGGGUCAAUCAUCAUUAAAACGGGAAAUGGUGGCGUUUUCAUCAAAACCAACCAAAUUGAUUGGAACGAAGAAGAUACUUUGACGUAAAAACCGGUGGAGUUUGGUAUGAUUCAUGGAGACUCAGUAUUCGACCCGAUUCCAGCGCAUUCCGUUCUUGUGUGCAUUCGUACAGUAAUUUAUUCGUAUAAGAAUUGUAUUUCUUUAGGAUGAUUUUUGUAUUUUGUUAGGAUGAUUUUCGUAAUUUAUAGGACGAUUUUUGGGGUUUUUUUUGACGUUUUUCGUUUCACCCGUAUAAAAAGAAUGCAACCUUGCAUUGGCAUAUAAGAACGGAAGUGAUUGAAUCAAGCCAUUCACUGAGAAUACACGAAUCAAACCAAAUCCAGCCUGAUUUGUACUUUAGCCCAUUAAGUCUUAAUUAUUAACUUUAUCUCUAGAGAAUUACACUCCCAUCGAUUUGUUGAUUUUACCGAGCUGUUUUCCAGAUAUUUUGAUAUCUAAUUCUUCUUUCUGAAAACGUUGAUGUCUUGAUAAUAAUUUGAAGGAAACACAUUAACGAAAAAAGGAAUUUAAACGCCUCAUGAAUUUCGAUGAUAAUAAAAUGCCACAAAACGAAAUGCAAAAUCAAAUUGUCAAAUCUGUACAUUCAGUCUCCAAUGUAUUUUACGCUUAAGCAAUUACAUUUAGGUAGAUAUUCAC